GCCCUGUUGCCCGCCGAUUGUGGCAACGCCAUGCCGCGGGCAGCGUACGCGGCGUUUCAGGUGUCAUCGUCGGGGGAGGCGUCACUGGCUGCGCCAUGCUCUACAACCUUGCCCAGCGGGGUGUCAAGUGCGUUCUCUUUGAAAAGGGCGAGCUCACCUGCGGGGCGACUUGGCACGCUGCAGGUCUAGUGACCCGCUUCCAUGGAGGUAACAACUUCCGCCUGUGGCAUGAUGAGGGCGUGAACCUCUUCACGCAGUGGCAGAAUGAGGAAGGCACUCCACUCAGCUUCCACACGCCUGGCUCCAUCCGGCUGAUACCCAACGAGCAGUCAUACAUCGACGAGGCUAGAUACCAAGUUGGCAAAGCAAAGAUCUUCUCCGGGCUUUUCGGAUGCGCCGAGCACCACCUCAUAUCUCCCGACGAGAUCAAGGAGAAGCAUCCUUUGGUCAACCUGGACGACUCUGGGAUCUACGCAGGCAUCUUCACGGAGGGCGAUGGCCACAUAGACCCCAGCAGCGUGACGAAUGCCUUCGCAGACCGGGCGAAAGGCCUGGGCGGGAUCAUUGAGCAGAAGACCGAGGUGGUGGCUCUGAAUCUGCUGCCCAGCAAGCAGUGGGAGGUCAUCACACGGACGGCUGCAGGCGAGGAGAAGCGCACGGUCGCAGAUUUUGUGAUCAAUGCAGCUGGCCUUUGGUGCGACAAGGUUGGGGCCAUGGCCGGUGUUCGCGUACCAUCUGUGGUGCUGCAGCACCAGUACUGCAUCACAGAGUCUAUCCCGGAAGUGAAGGAGUAUCACGACAAGCACGGCCACCAGUUGCCAGUGCUCCGGGAUCUGAAGGGUUCCUUCUACGUGCGCGAUGAGCGCGACGGAAUUCUGCUCGGCCCCUACGAGUACUCAGAGGCCAUGCAGCUGGCACCUGCGGAGUGGCGGCAGACGGGUAUGCCCAAUGAGUAUAGCAACUUCCUUUUCGAGGGAGACGUGGAGCGUUUGAUGCCACACUUAGAAAGAGCCAUGGAGAUCCUUCCGCAGUUCGGGGAAGUAGGCAUGAAGACCGUGCUGAAUGGGCCCACCAUGUGGCCUGCGGAUGGAAACCACCUCGUUGGACCAGCCCCCGAGUGGGACGUGGCGCCUAACUUCUGGUUGGCAUGCGCGGAGUCUUACGGCAUUGCCCACAGCGCCGGCCUUAGCCGCUACCUUGCCGAGUGGAUCGCCCACGGCGAGCCGCCUUACGAGCUGAAGGAGGCAGACCCUGCCAGGUAUGGAGCCUGGGCGACCAAGGAUUGGGUGGCAACCAAGGUUCGGGAGACCUACGGCAUGAACAACCACGUGCACUUUCCCAACGAGAACCUCCUGGGAGCCAGGCCAGUAGAGCCGAUCCCCAACAAGGACAUCUACGAUGUGCUGAAGUCCCAGGGCUGCCAGUUUGGCUUCCACAACGGAUGGGAGUGCGCGAAUUAUUUUGACCCGGCCUCCGGCGGCGAGCAGCUGGGCAAUGCCCGGGGUUCCUUCCGAAGGCCGCCAUACAAGGAUCUGGUAGAGAAGGAAUGCCGUGAGAUGGCCGGCUUCGGCGGGAUUUGCUAUUGGCCUUUUGCGAAGUACCACGUCUCCGGGCCGGGGGCAGUGGAGUUCAUGGACCGGUUGGUGCCCAACCGGUUGCCAAAGGUGGGCAGAUGCGCCCUCUCCUACUUCCUGACGCCGCAGGGGAAGAUCGGCAGUGAAGUUAUGCUCGUCCGGCUGGCUGAAGAGAAAUUCUACGUGGUCAGCUACCCUGAGCAGGAGCUCUUCGACUGGAGAUGGAUGCACAUGAACAAGCCUGACGAGGGUGUGGAGAUUGAUAACGUCACCGCCGACUUUGGCACGCUGAUGGUCUCAGGACCUGAGAGUCGCCGGGUCCUUGGGCAGCUGGACGGCGACGAGGCGAACUGGUCAAAGGACCCGGAUGUAAGGUAG